AUGAUCACUUACGCUCCUAAGACAUUCACUGUAUCUCGAUUAACUUCCUUAUGUAGACAAAGUCAAAGCCUCACUCAAGGUUUAUCUUCCUCGCAAUCGACCAAAGAACCGUAUAAUCAACCUUCUGUGACUAUCAAGACUUUCUCUCAUAGAACACAAUUCACCGAAGGAGUAUUGAGGAAUAAGAUUGAGAAAGCUAGAUUGGCACAUUUGAAAAGACAUGGAAAGCUCUGA